AGAUGUUGUGGUUGUUGUUGAUGUUGACAGUUGUUUGAGGUUUUCAAAAUGGAGGCUUUGCUAAGCUGAAAUUGUUUCAGAUGGAGAAAUUAGAAGUUUCAUUUUAGAGACUAAGAGCAGACUGUUGAAACGAAAGUUUGAAUCAGCUCAAUGCUUAUUUGCAUACCUCCCUGCUGAAAAUUUUCAGAUGACAUUUGAUUAAAGUUGAACAAAUCAAGAUCACAAUAUGAAUUUAGAAGAUCCAACAGCUGAUGAGAUGCCUGUAAGAGAUGUGCCAGUACCAAGAGCACCAACAAAAAACAUAAGUGAAGCAAAAGAAAGACAACUUGUUGCAGCUCUCAGCAGACAGGACCUAGAAGACAGAUAUCUCAGACUUAGAGAAGAACAUGUUGAAUUGAAGAAAUUGACAAGAACACAAGAAGAAAAGAUGAAGCAGAUGGCAACCAAGCUUUUGAGAUUGUUCAAAGAUAAAAAGAAAAUUGAUGGACAAGAUGGAGUUUCAAGGAGAGACGCAGAAACUGCAGAGUUUAUUGAAGAUCUUCAGGCUCAGAUUAGAGAAUUAACCAAAACAAACGAAGCUCUAAAGAACAAGCUGACAGUUACAAAGCAACAACUGCAGACUCAAGGCAAGAAGCAGACCCCAUAUGACAACGUCAAACCAAGAGUUCAAACUGGGAUAAUGCAAGCUCGAUCGCCUUCACGGCAGCAGAGGAUCAAGGAACAGAUGCGUGUUCAAGGGCAAAUGGAGCAAAAGUUAUCUUCGAGAACCCCACAACCUUUGCUUCCACAGCCUAGAUACGGACACAGCCUGCUUGAAGAGACGCGUAUAGAGAAGAGAGAGUUGGAAGAUUUGGUUGCCUCGCUUAAUGAACAAAUCCGAUCAAUUGAAGAUGAACGAGAAAAACUAAAAGAAAAGAGUCGAAUAAAGCAACUCGAGCAUGAAGAAGAGAAGAUUAAUUUUGAGUCAAAAAUAAGCGAAAUGAAAAAGGCAAGUAUGCAGGAAAACGUCGAAUUAAUUCGCCUGGAAAGGGAAAUUAAGGAAAAAUCAAAUAAACUUGAAAUUAUGCAAUCGAAGUUCCAUAAUGUCCAACAGAUGCUGGAAAAGUUGAAAAUGAGCAAUGAGAAAGCCCUAGAUGAAAUGGAGAUUCUUACGCUGAAGCUAAAAGAGGAGCAAGCGAGGAACUCCACGUUGCAAAACGAGAUCCGACAUGCUGAUUUCUUGAAAAAGACUUUAUCCGAGAAAGAUGAAACGAUUGCAGACUUGAAAGCUGAAAAUGAUGUUUUAAAAGAUGCUCAAGAGAGAAUUCUGCAAAGCACUUUUGAUGCCGAAAGAGAACGUAGAUUCAGGCAAAAAGAGAGAGAAUACCAAGUUAAAAUAUCACAGCUGGAGGCAGUAUCGAAAGCUGAUGUCUUGGAAAAGAAUGAGCUUCUUGAUAAAUUAUCUCGUGAAAAAGAUGAAAAUGAAAAGGUGCAAAAUGAGUUAAAAGAAGUUAGGGUGAAUUAUUACUCGCAAAAAGAACUCUAUGAAGAUUUGGCAGAUAAAAUGAAGUUUUUUUCAAAGGAAAGCAAUAUUGACUUUGAUGAAAUGCAAGAAGCUUUGAUGUUGAUCAAGACGCGAAAAGAAAAACAGAGUCAAGAGCUCAGUUUCUUAGGACAAGUUGAAGAAGAAAUGAGUCAAGAUUUGCGAAAGCAACUGCUGGAGCUUCAAACGUCGCACGCAGAAACGAUAAACGAAUUAGAUAAAACACGGAACAUGCUGAAAAUGCAGAGUCAGAUCAACAAAGACUAUCAAACAGAGGUUGGAACAGCAACACGAAAGAUGGAUGACCUGAAAAGGGAUUGUGACGCUAGAGUGAAAGAAUAUGCGGAAAUGCUCGAUAUUAGAGCUGAGAGAAUCAAGAAACUAGAAGCUCAAUUAAAAGACAUUGCUUAUGGAACAAAACAAUACAAAAUUGAGCCUACAGAGUUGCAUGAAUUGGAGUCAGCUCAAGACGAGGCUGUUGUUGAUGUAAACUAUGAGUUGGAGCGUGGCCAGAAUGUAUUGGAAAUACACAUUGGAAAGGUUCUUGUAACAAAGCAAGGCCUAGCAGUAUUUGGCAAUGCAGAGCCAGUCACAUUCGUCACAUGGGAGUUCUUUGAGUUCGAGAUGCAAGCGACUCCAGUUAUCAGCGGCCAGAGGCCCGUGUUUGGAUUUACCGCGCAAUACAUCGUCAAUGUAGACGAUUUCUUCCUGCACUACAUCCAAAAAGAGUGCAUUUGCAUCGAGUUUCACCAAGCUGUUGGAACUGAAUACAAAACUAUCGCAACUGGGAAACUUCGUAUGAAUGGGCUUCUAGACAAAAGUCAUGGACGUGUCUAUGGAACAGCUAAACUUUUAGGCAUUGACAGCAACGAAGAGUUAGCGGUUUUAGAAUAUUGGAUACGACUUCGAGUGCCAAUGGAGCAGGCUCUGCGACUAUUCAAGGAAAGAUCAAAAGCACUGGGCUACAUAACUUCAAAUUCUACAAGCAAUGUCAACGAGGAACGGUCGUCUACUCUCGAAUCUGGAAUCAACGAGCUAAAGAUAUCUGUUCAUAGAUGCACAAAGCUUCAACCUAAAACAAAAAAGCAACCAAGUUCGUAUGCUGUUUACAAAUUCUUCGACUUUGCGGAUCAUGAUACUGAAAUUAUAGUUGGUUCAUCAACUCCAGAAUUUAAUGAUGUGCAAGUUUUUCCGGUAUCGAUGAGUGAAGAGUUGGAUAAUUAUCUAAAAACAACUGAAUUGGAGAUUUACGUUUUUGAUGAUAACGAAAUUGAGACGACAACCUACAUGGGACUUGCUAAAGUGCCGUUAGUAACUUUAUCUCAAGACAAACUCGUCAAAGGGACAUUUCCUUUGCUGCAGCCAAACGGUGAACGUCGUGGCACCAUAGAUGUUACUCUCCAAUGGCUAUCAACGUACUUACCAGCGAGUUCAAAAGCCAGAUCGUAUCCAAAGCUAAUGUCAGCGCAAAAUUCACCGAAGAACAGUAAGCCCCCGAGUGGACCCUUACGGGGAUCCAUGCGCCCUUUCAAGCAAGCUAGUAAUCAGUUUCAUGACCCCGAAGACAUCAAAGUACCGGAGAAAAACGUUGCAUCAAAAGAGAAAGACUCUCCAAAGACCCACCCUCUUCAUGAUGCUGAAUUAGCACCCCAUCCUCGCCAGCGAACUGUUUCGUUUAAUGAAGACACGAUGGUCAAUUCAUUUGACGGUAGUAAAGCACCAAUCGAAGAACCUACAGUAGAAUGGGAGGUUCUGAAGAGCAUACCUGUCGAGGAAAUGACUAUUGAUGAAAUGAUCGAAAAGGUUGAGGAAAAAGGCGAUAUUGUAGAGGAUUCUGGGAAUAAUUACGAAAGCGACGAAGCCUUAAUGGAAGAAGAACUGAGAAGAACUGUCGAGGCGCCUGAUGUUCCGGCAUCGCCUACCUUGAAUAAAGAUAUCGGGAAUGACACUCUGUUUGAGGAGUCUAUUUCAGAUGAUGUUUCUCUGGAAGACGAUGACGUUGUUUUUGUUCCUGGUGCCAGUAGAGGUGCUAAUGAAAAUAAUGAAGAAGAUCCGGGUACUUCCUCCCAAGAAAAUGCUCAGGAAGGUAUUAACAGUGCCGAAACAAGUGACAGUGAGGGUGUUGUAGUUUCAUCAGCGCCCUCAAAAGCUUUAAGUGCUUCGUCCAAGAGAAAAAUGGUAGUGACCAUCGAAGUUGGCAGCUUGAUGCUUUAUGACAAUGCAGCGGUGUAUAGUAUGGACAAUCAAAUGCAGCUCUACGUCGCGUACAGAUUCUUGGACGAAGACCCUGCAUCACUGGAAACCCCAGAUUCUUUGCCAUUACCGAAGCCAAAUAGGCCAAUCCAUUACAACUUCAAGAAAGUAUUCUAUGUCGACAACGAGACGCACGAAUACCAACAUCAGCAAUUAAUGAGUAUGCUAAUGCCGGAACAUCCAUUAGAAGGGAAACUAUACUUCAGCGUCGUCACAGAGCCCGUGGAUGGUGAUAUAUGCGAGGAUGCUGGGAUAGCAUGUGUUGACUUCAUUCAGAUACUCAGAGAGGGUCGUGAUUUAGUCGAUGAAGAUAUAGAAGUUUUAGAUCUGCAAGGAGAAUUAAUUGGAACUCUGACAGUGACUGUUGAAGCAUUAGAUGCUCUGCAAAGUUUGUAUGAAUGAUAAUAAAGUUUUGUGAAUAGAGGGUAUUGUAUAGAACAGAAGAUUGUAAAUAUGUUUAUAUCAA